AUGGGGGUCCCCGUGCCUGUCGAGAACGGCCCCUUGGGCGCUCUGUGGAAGAGGCUGAGCCUCACCGUGUGGCGGUCGGACGGGCCCCAAGGCGGCGGCGGCCGGCGGAGCGUGGACGAGAUGCACCUGCUCCAGCAGAAAAGGAUCUGGGAUUCUCCACUUCUCCUGGCUGCUAAGGAGAACAAUGGCCAGGUCAUCAGGAAAUUGACAAUGGAUGGCUCUUGUGAUCUUUAUCAAAGAGGAGCUGUGGGCGAGACGGCCCUCCACGUGGCUGCCCUCUAUGACAGCACAGAGGCUGCUGAGGUUCUUCUGGAGAUGGCUCCAGAACUCAUCAAUGAGAAGAUGACGUCAGAACUCUAUGAAGGACAAACGGCUCUCCACAUUGCAGCUGUCAAUCAAAAUGUCAAUCUAGUGAAGUGCCUACUCAAGAAAGGGGCUCACAUCUCCACUCCCCGAGCUACAGGAAGCUUCUUCAGGCGUACCGCCGAAAGCCUCUUCUACUUCGGGGAACACAUUUUGUCCUUUGCAGCCUGCAGUGGAAAUGAGGAAAUUGUUCGUCUGUUGAUCGAAAACGGAGCUGAUAUCAGGGCACAAGAUUCUCUAGGUAACACCAUUCUUCACAUCCUGGUCCUUCAACCCAACAGGACAUAUGCAUGGCAGAUGUUCAAUCUGCUACUCUCCUAUGACAAAGAAGAGGGGAGCCUAGAACCUCUAGACUCCGUUCCAAACCACGAAGGCCUAACUCCCUUCAAACUGGCUGGCAUCGAGGGCAACACUGUGAUGUUCCAGAACCUCAUGCAGAAGCGAAAGCAUGUGCUGUGGUCCUUUGGGCCUAUGACCACCAUUCUCUACGACCUCACGGAAAUUGACUCCUGGGGUGAAGAGCAGCCUUUUCUAGAGCUUGUUGUCUCAACCAAGAGAAGAGAGGCCCGUCAAAUCCUAGACAUGACCCCAGUGAAGGAGCUAGUGAGCCUGAAGUGGCGCACGUGUGGGCGACCUUAUUUCUGUUUCCUGGCUUUAUUUUAUGUCCUCUACAUUAUUUGCUUUACGAUGUGCUGCUCUUAUAGACCUCUGAAAAACCGCCCAGAAAACCGAACCGAUGAACGGGACACCAAACUCCUCAUCCAGAAAACACUGGAGGAAUCCUAUGUGACGUAUGACGAUCAGCUCAGACUGGUUGGGGAGAUGAUCACUGUGAUAGGAGCCAUGGCAAUUUUGUUGUUAGAGAUUCCAGAUAUUUUAAGAGUUGGGGCCACCAAGUACUUUGGACAAACCAUUGUAGGAGGACCUUUCCACCUCAUCAUCAUCACAUACGCAUGUUUGAUCCUGGUGAUCAUGGUGAUGCGUCUCACAAGCACAGAUGGAGAGGUGGUCCCCAUGUCCUGUGCCCUGGUGCUUGGCUGGUGCAACAUCAUGUAUUUCGCUCGAGGGUUUCAGAUGCUUGGGCCCUUCACUAUCAUGAUACAGAAGAUGAUAUUUGGAGAUCUUAUACGCUUCUGUGGGCUAAUGGCUGUCGUGAUACUUGGCUUUGCAUCAGCUUUUUACAUCGUGUUCCAGACAGAGGAUCCCACCAGCCUGGGACAGUUUGAAAACUACCCCAUGUCUCUCUUCACCACCUUUGAGCUGUUCCUUACCAUCAUUGACGGACCAGCCAACUAUGAAGUGGACCUGCCGUUCAUGUACAGCGUGGUGUACUUUGCUUUUGCCAUCAUUGCUGCUUUGCUCAUGCUCAACCUGCUCAUUGCCAUGAUGGGCGACACCCACUGGCGAGUGGCCAGCGAACGGGACGAGCUUUGGCGGGCACAGGUCAUUGCCACGACAAUCAUGCUUGAGCGGAAACUCCCACGAUGCUUCUGGCCUCGCUCUGGCAUCUGUGGACGAGAGUAUGGGCUAGGGGACAAGUGGUAUCUAAGGGUUGAAGAGCGUCUGGACUCCAGCAAGCAAAAGAUGCUUCGCUAUGCAGAGGCCUUUAAGAACCAGGACAAGGAGGAUCCCAGCAGGACUUCCAAGAAAUUGGAGCUGGGUGAGCAUUUCCGCUUCAACAAGGAAUCCUCUCCAUCUGUCUCAAGGAGCACAUCCCGGAGUAGUUGUCGUGGUUGGCAAAUUCUACGACACAACACCUUCAGCCACCUUCGUGGGGAAGUGAAUCACGCCUUGGAAGAAGAGGUCUACCAUGUGUGA